CUGCUUUCCAUCCAGCUGCAUCUCCGUCUGUCCUUCAGAUAUACUGGUUUUGUUUUUUGAGCUGAUUCUGGUUCAUUCUCUCAUAGACCGUGUCAUUCACUCCGUUGAUUGUCCCAAUCUCUUUCCCGGAGCAGCACGGGCGCCGCCAGCCACCACGGAAGAUAAGGUGGCUACUCCGUACUACUCUCUCCACUUACUUGGAUCCGCAACCCCUAUCCACUGAUUAAUUCGGUCUCGAUCGGCUGUACAACUUAACCAAAGACUCUUCAACCUACGCCAACGCCCCAUCUAAUAUCACAAUGUCGAACCCGUUGGACACCGACGCCGGCUCGGAGCUCUUCAGCAGCUACGAGACCGAGCUAAAGCUGGUACAAGCCGAUUUGAAUCAGAAGCUGGACCAGAUCGCCGAGUCAAGCGGUGAGCAACGAAAGUCAGCAAUCAGGCAAGCCGAGAGAGCCCUGGAUGAAGCCACGGAAUUGCUAGAUCAAAUGCGCAUGGAGAAACAGAACAUCCCCUCAGCAGCACGAUCGAAGAUCAACACGCGCGUUCGCAACUACGCUACCGAUAUUGAUGAGGCAAAGCGCAAGUUGAGGUCUCUCUCCGAUGACCGCAAGGCGCUCUUCGGCGACCGCUACACAGAUGAUCCGCAGGACGAACAUCUGGAACAAAGACAACAGCUCCUGUCUGGUACGGAGCGGUUGGAGCGCAGUUCCGCCCGGCUCCAGGAGAGUCAGCGCAUCGCCCUUGAAACGGAGGAUAUUGGUCGCAACACCUUGGCCGACUUGAACCAGCAGCGCGAGACGAUUAUGAAUGCGCGGGGUCGACUGCUGGAGAGCGAAGGAUAUGUGGACACCAGUAUCAAGACACUAAGGGGCAUGGCCCGUAGGAUGGCUACGAAUCGGUUGAUCACAAUCGCAAUCAUCACAGUCUUGAUCUUGUUGAUUUUCGCCGUUAUCUACAGCAAGUUCCAUUGAGCGUGGAUUUGGAAGGCGUUAUUACCGGUGGCCUCUCUUUUAUUUACUUCUCUCUUAACGACACCUAUAAGUCUGCAGUCGCAGACACAUCACGCAAUGUUGUAUGAUAGCAACCCAUCAGCUUUAAUCAGGCGCCAUGUUACAUGUUCUAGUACCUCGCACAAUUCCCUCGACGAGCC